GUUUUAAAAAUGCGUUCUGAACUUCCAAUAUUUGUAAACAUAGCGAGCAUUAUAACUUCUUAUAUUCCAGCUACACUCGAGAUAUAUAAGUAUCUCAUAGUCCACAUGUUAUAUAUCAAUAUUUGAAAGAAUUCUGUUUGCAUGUUUCUAGAAAAGUGUAAUGGGUCAUGAAAUUUUCAAAACAGAUUAUCAUGAUUAUAUUUAUGGUGUACACAAGCUUUCCUUUAGUUUUAAUUAAAGCUUAAAUGGCAAGUGUUAAAUUAAUAAAAUCUCAUUCCCAAAGUUCAAUUUCAUCUGGUGGUAGUGAAAAAAACGGAAGGCAAAAUAAGAUUCAAGGAGAUUUUAAGUUUUUGGAGCGUUCUGGUAGCGGUGAUAAUGUUCGGAAUAUUGUUGAGAAAGAAGGAAAGAGUGCAAGAAAUCUUUUAACAUGGUCUGUACCUACCACAGAUCAAGGAAUAAAUAAAAGGGGCAGAUCUCGUAUCAAGUAUAAAAACAAUAGACUUGUGAAAGAAGCCAAUCAGAGUAGGCAAAAGAAAAAGAAGCCAAUCAAUAAUAUAUGGGCAACACCAUUAAAUAAUGAAAAAAGUUCUACUGAUUACAAUUUAAACUCUCAGUUGGACUGUUCAUUUAAUCAAAAAAUUGUAAAAGAUGUCACACAGCUACAGCCUAAUAAUCAAUAUAAACUAACUGAAAAAGUUUCAAAAUUACCUGGAGAGACAACUAUAACUCUAAAAGAUAGAGAUUCAAGAUCAUUGAAGUCUGCAACAAACCAACAAUCUAAUUUAGCUUCAUUUACACCACAAUCACAAAAGAAUCUACAUGCACGCUAUUGGUCCUAUCUUUUGGAUCAUUUUCAUAGAGUUUUUGAUGAGCUUUAUAACACUUGCGAGUCUGAUGAGUGUAUACUGGAAUGUCAGGAAGUAAUUUUAAUGAUUGAUGUUUGUAAACGUGACUUCAAGCAACUGAUUAGGAGACUGGAAUUAUUUAAUCAGCUUAAAAACUCUGAAGCUCGUCCUCAAGCUCUUGCAUGGGAAGUUCGAAAACAAUCUUCUCCUGGUAAAAACAGUCCAGUUAUAAGAAGAAGUCCUAGCCCUGGAGCAAUAAAAUUUCUUAACUUUGGUUCAUCAAAGAAUGUAUCUUCUUGGGCUGAUUGUUUAAAAGGGAUAAACAUGAAAGAACCUUCUAAAAACAUUUUAUCCCCAGUUACAGUUAAAAAUGUUCCAUCUCCUGUAUUAGAGGGUUCCCAUGAUGAUACUUAUUCAAAUGAAACAAAAGAUGAUGACAAUGAAGGAUGGGAAGUAGUUCGCAAAGGUCGUUUAAGAUUAAAAGAAUCAAGUUUUGUAUCUUCCACUUCUUCACAAAAUGUUCAGGUAGUAAAGGAGAAACAAAUUUCAAACCAAAGUAGUGCUAAUAGUAGUACUAGUACCAUGAAAGAAAAAUCUGAAGCCAGUCACAAAUCUUUUAUUAGUAUUGACAAUACAAAUAUCUUUUCAGAAGACCAGUUUUAUGAUGAGGUUUAUGCAGAUUUGAACAGGGAUACGUUUUCUUAUGACUUGACAGAUGAUGACUUAAACAAAAAGAUUAAAGAAGAGCAAGAAAAGGCUUUGGCUAGUGCAAUUGCAGAAGAAGAAACUCUUAGAAAAGAACUUGAAGAAGAAGCUCUAAAAGAUGAUGACCAGGAUUAUGAUAUAAGUAGUGAUAGAGAUUAUGCUACAACAGAUGAUGGCCGUGAAACACCAAAAGAUUUAUCAGAUGAUUUACCUUUAGAUCCUUCGACCUCCUUUGAUGCUGAGAAAUCUAUUACAUGGGAAGAAAUGUGCGCUCAAUAUGACCAAGAUCAUGCUGAUCCCUCGUUUAACUGGGCAGAUGCUAUUGAACAAACUGAGUCAGUGCGUUUACCUGGUCACGCUUUGGUCAUGCAUCAAAAAUUGUCUUCUCCAUCAAGAAAGCAAUCACGGUCUGACUCAGUGAAACGAUCUCAAGAUAAAAUGGUUCGUGCAGAACGUAGAAGGUUGCGGUUGCUCAUAGAAAAAUGUCAACGCUUGAAGGUCCUUUCUGAACGUGUACGAAAUGUUCGAAGUUUAAAAAAUAGAUUAAUUGCUGAUAAAGAAAGAUCCAUGUUAGAGCAGAUGAAAAAAGCAGAACUCAAUAGAAUGAUAGUUUUACAGGAGAAAAUUAAAAAAGCACAAGAAGAAGAUGCCAAAGUAAAUGAAAUUGCGUUUAUCAAUUCUCUAGAAGCGCAAAAUAAAAAAAUUGAAGUCCUAGAAAAGCAUCAAGGAUCAGAAGCAAGACUUCAUGAUCUUUUGGAAGAGAGGCAGAGGAGGAGAACAGACAAGCAAGCAAAAGAAGAGGCAGCCCAAGAAAGAAGACGAGCUUUAGAAGAAGAAAGACAAGCAAGACUACAAGAUAUUAAACAAAGAAGAGGAACCCAGGCUGAAAAAUGGCUUAAAGAAAGAAUUGAAAGAGAAAAACUUCGAGAAGAAAUUGCCAAGGAAAAGCAAAAAGAACGAGAAAUGAAAGUGGCUGCAAGAAAUGAGGCCCUACAACAAGCUUCAGAAGAACUUCAAAAGAGAAUAGAACAAAAACAUAUUGAGUCAACCAGAAGACAUGAACAAAGAAUUGAAGACAUCAAAGAAAGAGCUGCAAGCUCAUCGCGUCAUGGUAUAAUGGAAGAUUCACCAAGUGCUAUCCCUUACAGUAAAUUAAAAAUAUGUACAUUAUGUAAUGUAGAGAUUGCUUCUGAUGUCUACAUGGUGAGUCAUUUAAAAGGUAAAGUGCACAAAACUGCUGUUAAAGAAUUAAACAAAAAAAUAACUGAUGCUGAAAUGGAAGCAUUUUCUUCAAAGUAUAUUAAAGAAGCUGAAAUUAAUUAUUCACAACGACAAAAAGAAAAUAAUGAUCAUAUCAAAUCAAUGAAAAAAAGAGCAAAAAAAAUUAAGUCACGUAUGAAUGCCAAAGCUAAAGAUUUUGAAGCUUCGUAUCAAUCAAAUUUAAAUGGUAUUGAUUCACUGAAGCGAGGAAAGCUUCAAAAAUCAAUAAAGGAUAUUACCAAUCUUUUACAAGGACAUUCUAAUGUUGUUUGGCCAAAAAAUAAAGUUUCUGCAUUGGAUAAAUCGUUAAAUGAAAUUAUGCGCUCACUUGAUGGUUCAAAUAUCAAUGAUCAAAAAGUGUUUUGUCAUUUGGGAGGAUUGACAGCUUUAUCUCGAAUAUUAUUGCUAUGGGAUAUAUCAAACAUUGAUAAAAUUGAAAAGACUAUGAGUUCAAAGACUAUAAUACAUGCUAUUAAAACAAUUAAAGUUGCAUGUAUAGGCUGCUUUGAAAACUGUCACUUCAUGUUGCUUGGUAACAAGCUAAGCAUAUUAGUGGAUCUGCUGUCCUUUGCACUCAAUAAAACCAAAAAUGUUAAUGAACAAAAUAACAGUCAGAAUAUUGCAGAAUUAUCAACUUUGCAAUUACUUGAAUCUGACUUUUUGUUGCCUACUGCCAUAAUGGAGACAAUUGCAACCAUUAUAUCUCCAUUUGCCCCAGUAUGGCCAUGUGAAAACAAAGCAAGCGAUGUUUCACAAAGAUUAACAGACUUAAUUAGCUAUUUAGUCUGCAAUGGCAUUCUUGAGAAGUUAAUAAGUGUAUAUGCUGAUCUACAAGCAUCAAUAGAUGACUCAAUAGUUUUCUCCAUAAUAAAAUCAAUUUUAGAAUUUUACAAAUCAAUUGCGAUAUGUAGUGUCAGGUUAGAUGGAAUCUUCUGCAUUAGAAAGGAUGAUAUGUCUCCAUUGUCCCAAGUUAUUUGUAGAACGGAUGCACUAGGUUUGAUUGGUUUUCUGUAUCUGCUGCUGCAUCAGGGAAGUGUAACGCGUAUACAGCCCAGUCCAUUUCCAUUAUCAGAAAAUACUAUAACUUUACUUACUUCUACAUUCAAGUUGUUAAACGAACUUGCAUUAGUUGAUAUUCAUUCUUUUCAAAAUACUCUAUGCAAAGAAGGCAUUUCAUUGCAAUAUCGCUCUGUGGUCAGCUAUGUUCUAAGGUAUACUUUGAAUGAAAAAUGCGAUGAUUUACUUCACGAGGUUAUUUUAAGCUUGGGUUAUUUUUGUGUGCUUCACGAAGAAAAUCAGCUCUUCUUGCAAACAGGUCGAGCACCUUCUCUUGGUCAGCAGCUUUGCACAUUACCAUUUUCUUAUUUCAGUGAUCCAAAGUUGACUACAAUUUUAUUUCCGACACUCAUCUGUUUGUGCUACAAAAGUUGUGAAAACAAAGCAAUAAUUUCUCAAGAUGUUUCUCCUUCUCUACUAGCAUUAUUUUUGCAGGAAAAAAUUAAUGAAAAAAGACCUGAAAUGGUUGGCAACAAUAAAACAGUGGAAGAUAUAGAACAGAGGUCAAAACUUGAUUUUCGAUUUCCAAGAGAACUAUGGGAAGAAGCUAAAUUGUAUUUAUCUGAAACAAAAUAAAAAUAUUUAAUUAGUAUUAUCCACAAAGUUUAAAAA